AUGAGUUCGGUGAGCGGCAACAGAAGUGCGGGACAUAGCAAUGGAGGUGGAAGGGGUCAAGGUUCCUUACAGAAGCUUUCUUCCAAGGAUCGCCUUAAUGACUCAAUGGAGGAUGAAAUUCUUGCCUUCCUUAUCGAUGAUGAAGCCCAGCUGCACACAUAUGACGAUCUCACCAAAGUCAAUCCUGUGACCCCAACAACAGUCCUGAGAUGCCUGCAGGCCAGAUACACCGUGAAGGUAUUUUACACCCAUGCUGGCUGCACCUUGGUGGCUCUUAACCCCUUCCAACCUGUUCCUGAACUUUACUCCUUGGAUGUCAUGAAAGAGUAUCACUGUGCUCCUCAGAUUAAGGAGCCAAAGCCACAUAUCUUUAUUGUGGCAGAGGAAGCCUACAGGAAUGUUAAGGGUCAGCUAGUGCCAGUGGACCAGUCCUUAGUGGUCAGUGGAGAGAGCGGUGCCGGAAAGACAUGGACUUCUCGUUGCCUGAUGAAAUACUACGCCACAGUGGCAGCUUCCUCGUCAGUGGUAGAUAGUCAGGACACUGUGGAGAGGAUAGAGAGGAGGGUGUUGGACUCCAACCCCAUCAUGGAAGCUUUCGGUAACGCGUGUACACUCCGCAACAACAACAGCAGCCGCUUUGGAAAGUAUAUCCAGCUCCAGCUUGACAGGUGUCACCUGCUAGUAGGUGCGUCAGUGCAGACAUAUUUACUGGAGAAGACCAGGGUUGCCUACCAGCCUCCAAAUGAAAGGAACUUUCACAUCUUUUACCAGAUGAUGAAAGCAGCAAGUGAUGAGCAGAGAAAGGAGUGGAAGGUGCCACAUGGUCACCACUUUGCGUGGCUACCAAAUGUUGAAAAAACUAUAGAGGAGGACUGUUUUCAAGAGACCCUUGAUGCUAUGGUACACCUGCAUAUAAAUACAGAGCAGCAGAGACAGAUAUUUAGGAUUUUAGCAGGCAUUCUGCAUCUGGGGAAUGUGAAUUUUUCUAUUUCAGCAGACGACUCACAGCCGUGUGACAUAAAGGAUCAGUCCAAAGGCUCCUUGCAUAUGGCUGCUGAACUGUUGCAAAUUCCUGCUGAGGAUCUUCAGACAUGUUUAAGUGUGAGGACAUUAAAAGCAGGGAGGCAGAGUGUACACAAGCCUUGUACACAAGUAGAGUGCUGCGUACGGAGAGAUUGCCUUGCCAAAGUCAUCUAUGCCAAAUUAUUUGAAUGGCUGGUGGCGUACAUCAACAACAGCAUUUUUGCGGACAAAUCCACUUGGUGCAACUUCAUAGGUGUUCUAGAUGUAUAUGGCUUUGAAUGUUUCCAAAGUAACAAUCUGGAGCAGCUUUGUAUCAACUAUGCCAAUGAGAAACUCCAGCAGCACUUUGUUAGCCAUUAUCUACGAGCUCAGCAGGAGGAAUAUGUGUCUGAGGGGUUACAGUGGUCCUUUGUCAAAUACCAAGAUAACCAGGGCUGUUUGGAUCUCCUGGAAGGAAGCCCUAUUAGCGUGUUUUCUCUUCUUGAUGAGGAGAGCCGUCUAAAUCGAGCCUCAGAUGCCAGAGCGUUCAGGAUUCGUCUGGAGAAGGAGCUUGGAGACAACAACAACAUUGGCUGGGAUAAAUUCAGCAAGGUGCCACACUUCACUGUGGCCCAUUACGCUGGCAAAGUGGAGUACAGGAUAGAUGGCAUGGUGGAGAAAAACAAGGAUCCAGUGGCACCAGAGAUCAUAAGCCUGCUUCAAAUGUCAGAAAACCUCCUGCUUCAUAAUAUCUUCACAGAAAACGAAAGUGAAAACUCAUCAAGCAAGGGGAUCAGUAAAGUCACUGUAGUGUCAAAAUUUAAGAACUCCCUGGAGACCUUGAUGAGCAUCCUCCACAACACAACUCCUCACUAUACUCGCUGCAUUAAACCAAAUUCUGACUGCAAGCCUUUGAUCUUCAAAAAGGAGGAGGUCAUAAUGCAAUUAGAGGCCUGUGGGAUUGUUGAGACAAUACAUAUAAGUGCUGCUGGCUUUCCUAUAAGAAUACCAUUCAAGGCUUUCAUACAACGCUAUGGAUUGAUAUCGAAACACUCAAACUUCAAGUCAGAAGCCUCAAACCUUGUGAUGACUGGCUGCGACAACGAAAGUAAUCUACAGGAGGUGGAAAGGCUACUUGGCUUGGUGUUGCAACACUCGGAGUAUAAUAUUAGCAGGGAACCCAAAUCUCUGGUGCAUUGUGGGAGGACCAAAGUUUUUCUCACCCAGUCAAUGUUAGACAUACUGGAAGAUCUGAGGAAGAAGAUUCUCUCAAAAUGUGCAUUCUCCAUUCAGUGCUGCUGGACACGCUACCAAAGGCGCAAACGUCAAGAGCGGCGGCAUUCUGCUACUCUAAUCCAAGCAGCGGUCCGUUCUUGGCUCGUCAGAAGACGUGUCCAGAGGUGGGAUAGAGCCGCAACACUUAUUCAGAAAUCCUGGAGGCAGUGGCGGGAACUUUUGAAAUCACUGGCUGAGGCAGAGCUCGAUGACGCAGAAGAUCUCGUUCAGGAAGAGGUGGCGGAAUUAAAUGCCAUCAUCGGGGAACGCGGAUCCGUGCAGCUAUCCGGCAUCCAGGAACCCGUCACUGUGCGAGGAUGGCCGAUGGGGUUGGCUUUGCCCUCAGCACCAUCCAUCACAAUGUCCGUGAGGGCCACAGGCUUGCGAAAGAUGAUAUCUGUGGUGGCUUCUCUCAAACUUCCUUCCAAGAGAGGAGAAUAUAAGGUGGAGACAAACCAGAACAUGAGGGGAGUUGCCUCCAUUCGGGCUCAACCAAAGGGAUCUGUUAAACUGCACUGCCAGCCGUCACCCCUUCUUUAUGCAAACAGGCAACCGGAGAUGAGUAAUUAUGUGACUGGUUUCAAUGAAAUCCUACUAGAGAAGACUCUAUAG